AUGGACCCCAUUAAAACCCUGAUAGACUCCAGAGCAACGUCCAACUUCAUAUCUCCAACAAUAGUAGAAAAAUACAAAAUUCCAAAAACCCUACUCAAAAACCCACAAGUAGUGAGAAUGUUAGAUGGUACUAUCUCCCAGACUGGUUGCAUUUGGCACCAGGUUCAACUCACGGUCUUGGCCAACAGCCAUCCACACACUAUCCCCUUUUUAUGUACCAUCACCUUCCCCAAACAAAUCCAGAUUGCCUUGGAAGAAGAAGCUGACCCAAACCCCCUAGCAGAUCUACCCACUCAGUACCACAAAUUUGCUAAAGUAUUUGGGGAAGAGGAGUUUAAAGUACUUCCACCACACCAAGAAUAUGAUAUUGCAAUUGACCUAGUCCCAGAUGCCAAACUCUCUCCUGGUCCAAUUUAUGGCAUGACUGAUGCGGAAUCUAAGGCACUCAAACAGCAUAUUGACAAAGAAUUAGCAACAGGCAAGAUCCGCCCUAGUACUUCUUCUGCAGGCACCCUGGUUAUGUUUGUCAAAAAGGCGGAUGGAUCUCUGCAAUUGGUAGUCAACUAUAGGAAGCUCAAUGAUGUCACGCACAAAAAUGUUUACCCACUUCCUAGACAAGAUGAUCUCAUGGCCAAGCUGAGGCGCACAAAAUUGUUUACCAAACUGGAUCUAUGCUGGGGAUACAACAACGUCAGAAUCAAGGAAGGAGACAAAUGGAAGACAGCAUUCAGGACUAAAUAUGGACUAUUUGAAUACCUGGUAAUGCCCUUUGGCCUAACAAACACACCAGCAGCCUUUCAACACUUUAUGAAUGAUCUAUUCUGCGACCUCAUCAACAUUACUAAGACCCUAAGGACCACCCAUGUCAGGGAAGUCCUAUCUUGGUUGAUGAAGAACCAAUUGUUCUGCAAGUUGUCCAAAUGCCACUUCCAUGUCACUACGGUUGAUUACUUAGGAAUUGUUAUUUUGCCUGCUGGCUUUUCCAUGGAUCAAAAGCAGAUUGAAGCAGUCACCUUGUGGCCCCAGCCCAAAACAGUCAAACAGGUCCAGGCCUUCCUAGGAUUUGUUAACUACCUCAGACAGUUUAUACCUAACUUUAGUUCCAUGGCUUGCCCACUCCACAACCUCACAAAAAAGGAAACUCCCUGGUCAUGGAGUAAGCCAGAAGAGGACGCCUUCCAGGAACUAACAACCCUUGUUACCAAAUCCCCAGUCCUCAUCCACUCUAAUCCGGACCUCCCCUACUACCUAGAGACAGACGCACUAGGGGUAGCCAUGGGAGCAAUCCUGAGUCAAUGGGGAGAAGAUAAUUGCCUACACCUGGUUGCCUAUAUGUCAAAAUCCUUCUCUGGUGCUGAAGCUAACUACAAUACACACAAUAAGGAACUGUUAGCCAUCAUCAAGGCAUUGGAGGAAUGGCACAUCUUCUUAGAAGCAACUGAUAAACCAAUCCAGGUCUUUACAGAUCACAGGAACCUGGAAUAUUGGAUGCAGGCAAGAACCUUCAACAGGAGGCAUGCAAGAUGGCGUGUUUUCCUGAGCAAUUUCAACUUUGAAAUUCAUUAUUGCCCAGGGAAGCAGUCAGGGAAACCCAAUGCCUUGUCCAGGAGAUCAGAUUACAAGGACAAACCCCAAGAACCAGAAAUUAUGCUGCCAUUGGAAGUCUUUGCCAAUACAAUGGAAGAGGAAGUCAAAAUUGUCAUGGAAAUUUGUCACAAGUUAAGGGAGGACCCUUCCCUUAAGCCAAUUGUCCAGUUUUUGACAGAAGAUGUGGAUAACGCGCCCCCCUCUAUUUGGAAGGCAUACCAAGACUACAACUGGGAAGAAGACCUACUCUGGUACCAAGGAAAGCUGGUAGUUCCUGAAACAAACCCCUGA